AUGCCCGAGUUUCUCUCACUUCCCAGCGAGUUGCUCAUUCACAUCUUUGCGGCGUGCCCAACUGUCCCAACAGCAAUGCGCUUCUCAAGUGUCAACAAACAGUUGCAUUCGAUAUGGCUUCAACACACGGAUCAGAUUGUUCAAGACAUCAUCAAGUCGACGAUUCCAGCAGCUGAUCAAGCCAUCGACUUCGCAAUUACUGAGACGCGUCUCGGCAACUCACUCGGUGACGAAGAACAACCGCCACUCCACCUCUGGUUGCCAAAUUUGAUGCGCAACGCCGAAUUCUGCGCCAGCGCCUAUGCAGCCUGCUCCGCCUACGUCGGUCCUCCAAAUUCGGUCCGUAAAACGCCCUUGACAUUUUCUACGUCACCAGCUUCUUGGUAUUUCAUACACAGAAUCUUGCUCGCUUUCGAUUAUCCGGAGCUCAGGGAUGCAAUGUACGCCGAACUUCGAGCAGCCUCAGAAGAGACAAGAGAGGAGCACUUCCGUUUUCAUUAUUUUCUCAUGAGCCUUACCACCAAGGACGAAGCGGUCCAUCAGGGUGUGCCGCUGGAUUUGAGGUUCGGGGUUCCCNCCGGGGACGAAUACGACGGUGAUAUGCAUCAGGAGCCUUGGAGUUAUAUGUGCGAUAUUCUUUGUUUGGCGCGAGGAGAAGGGGAUCUCACCAUCGGUCGCGACGCCGACGACCUGGCUCUUGCCAUCCAAGGAUACACAACCUAG